UUUGUCGCCUGCGGCUGAAGUUCGGACGCAGCAGCUGCAGCCGGAGGCGACGUGGACUCAAGAGGACUCAGGGUCCAGGUUCUGAACUGUGAGGACACUGUGAGGACACUGUGAGGACACUUCUGUCCCAGAGGAGAAACUUUUGAUCUGUCCUCGUCUUUUCCUGCGGUCAUUCAGAAACCCCGCAGCCUGCGGACUCACGUGCUUCACCUGCAGGUUUCGUGCUCUUGUCUCUUCGCUGAGUUUCUUUAAAACUCUGGAGGUUUGGAAACUCUCCGGUGUUUCGGUGACACGCGCAUCUGUCCGCGUUACUGGAGGAAGUGAAGGAGGUGAAUGCGUGUUUCUGCGGGAUGAUAAACGUGCGGGUGUGAGGAGAUCUCAUCUCUGCUGGGAAACAGUCGAAGAGUCUGAGCAUCUUUCUUCCUGAAAAUUCAACCAAAAUGGAGAUUUUCUGGGUCUGUGUGUUUCUGAAGCUGCUCCUGAUGUCCGCUGCUGCCAGGGGCCCCCCCAGGGUGUCGGAGCGGGUGGCCCACCGUCAGAGCAUCCGCAUCGGCCGCACCAUGAAGCUGCCCUGCCCCGUGGAGGGCGACCCCCCUCCGCUCAUCAUGUGGACCAAAGACGGCCGCAACAUCCACAACGGCUGGACGCGGUUCAGGGUGUUGCAGCACGCUCUGCGAAUUAAAGAGGUGGAGACCGACGACGCCGGGACUUACAUCUGUAAGGCCACCAACGGCUUCGGCAGCGUGAACAUCAACUACACGCUAAUCGUCAUAGAUGACUCCAGCUCGAGAGGUGGAGCAGGGACGGCCAAUGGUGACGCCGAACACGCCCCGGAGCUUGCUGGGAAACUGGUACGUCCACGUUUUACCCAGCCGGCAAAGAUGAGGAAGCGUGUCAUCGCUCGCCCGGUGGGUAGCUCAGUGCGUCUGAAGUGCACGGCCAGCGGUAACCCUCGGCCCGACAUCGUCUGGCUAAAGGACAGUCGGCCGCUGGUGGAAGAAGACGGCGGAAAAGACGGGAAGAAGAAGAAGUGGACUCUGAGUUUGAAGAACCUGACCCCAGAGCACAGUGGGAAAUACACCUGCCACGUCUCCAACAGAGCAGGAGAGAUCAACGCCACCUACAAAGUGGAAGUCAUACAGCGCACCAACUCUAAACCCAUUCUAACCGGCACUCACCCUGUCAACACCACCGUGGACUACGGUGGAACAACGUCUUUUCAAUGUAAAGUUCGCAGUGACGUCAAGCCGGUCAUCCAGUGGCUUAAAAGAGUUGAGCCCGGUGACGAGGACAAAUUCAACUCCACCAUAGAGGUUGGAGACCAUCGCUUUGUGGUGCUGCCGACAGGAGAGGUGUGGUCGCGUCCCGAUGGAUCUUACCUCAACAAGCUGCUGAUAACCAGAGCCAAGGAGGAGGAUGCUGGCAUGUACAUCUGCCUGGGAGCCAACACUAUGGGCUACAGCUUCAGGAGUGCUUACCUGACUGUGCUACCAGAUCUGAAGCCCCAAAUCAACUCGGUCCCCAUGGCGACAUCCCCCGGCCUCCCCUGGCCCGUCAUUAUUGGAAUACCAGCAGGUGUCGCCUUCAUCUUAGGCACCGCCCUCCUCUGGUUCUGCCAAUCUAAACGCACCUGCUCCUCCUCCUCCCCGUCUUCCUCCUCCGCUCUGCCCGCCGCCCAGCGUCUACCCGUGGCCAAUCGUGACCGAGCCUGCCUGACGCUGCCCGCUCAGCAGGCCAACGGGGAUAAAGAUUGCCUCUCGUACGAGGACUACGUCGCCCAUCAGCAGCUGCUCCUGGCUCAGGGUGGAACCCCGUCGGCUCCGAAGGUCUAUCCCAAGAUCUACACGGAUAUUCACACGCACACACAUUCGCACGUGGACGGGAAAGUGCACCAGCACCAGCACAUUCACUACCAGUGUUAGCAGCGAGGCUGUGGCGGCGAGCGUUGGGUGUUUUUCACUUUCAUCUCUCACGUGAGCAUGUUCCUGUGCAGCAGUCCACACUAACUGCUGACGGACAACCACAUGUUUGGAAGAAACAUGGGAUCACUCAGUUCUUCCUCAUUUCGCUGCAGCCGUGGACUCAAGACACAGACGAUGAAGAAUGUAAAGAGAAAACACAAAGAUCUUUAUUUUGAACCACGCCAUCGCGAUCUACGAGAGAAAAAAACCCAAAGAACAUGUUUGAAUCAAACCUCCUGUGGAAUAAAAUCUCCUGUGUAAAUGUAUAAAUCUCUAACCGUGUUGCUCAAAGGCCUCAUGAAGCAACAGUGAACUCAGCAACAGUUUUACAGCAAACCAGCAAUUUAUCUGCCUCUGUUCUUUCAGUACAACCACAACCUCCUCAGUACGAACGCAGCUCACUGUUCACUACAAGCCUCCAAAUAUAGCUACUCGUGUAUAUAGUGGAAUAUGAUUAUAUGGAUUUUAGCAUGCUACGUCGUCCUGGAUAAUCUAUAAAGAACAUUUAGCAUGUGUGUAAUGUAACAGUGUAACUUCAGAGUAUAUCUCUAUCCUCGGCCCCACUGAGCCAUAAGAACCACGACUGGAGACUAACUCCUGCGUACCUGCACCUCCAGCAGAGAUCAGGCCAGCUGGGUUUUCCUCAGGCCGACAGCUGUUCUCAAAAAUGAUCCAGCUUCUAUCUGCUGGAAAAGAGCUGAUAUCAAUCUCUCCGCAGCUACGAUGGGAUUUCUGCUAAAACCGGGGACCUCCUCUCCCGACAGCGGUUGCGGAAGUAAUCAUUAGAUCUCUCCAGACUCUUCAUAAGUCGUUUGCGCCCAGUUUUUACUUCCUGCAGAAUGGUGGCAUUUCCUGUUUGCAUUGUCUCCCUUUACGGCUUUUGUUUGAUGCUUGCAGACUUGCGAGAGGAGUUGAAGGAUAUCGGCUCUCGUCAUUUCAUAGGCACAAAGGGAUCAUCAACGAGGCCUCAGUGUAAAACGGUGCCUCUGAAGAAUUGCUUCCAGAUUUCAUGGAUCACACUCGGCUCUGCGGAUAAAUCACGGGUCCUUGUUAAUCUGCUAUAUGGUUUAGAGGGCUCAAAAAAAAAGAAAGACUUAAACUGUGUAACUCGAGGAUGAGACUUGCAACUGUCAACUCUUCAAGCAGCACACAGGUCGAGCUGUUUGUGUUUGGGCCUCGACAGACUGUUGUCUCCUCCUUCUCACCCUCAGUACCGAUUGUCACCCAGAACUUGGAAAAUGUCCUUUAAAGAUACUUUAAGGGUAAAAUAAUGCAAUACAACUGGUAACUGAAUGGAAUACCAAUAUUUUUUAUCAUUACGCUGAGUGUCUUUCCAUUUAUAAACUUGUCUGGCACAUUUUUUAUUCAGUCGUCUGCAGAGUUAAUGCUCACUAUACAAACUUCCUUGACAGAUUUGAAAUAAUAAGAUCUAAAAAUGCUUUUCUCUGAUCACCGUGGUUUCAUAUUUACUCAAUGCCAAAGCUGCGACACUGCCAGAGGUUUCGUGUUCACUUGUUUAAAUACCUGAACCUCUCUACAUGACUGUGUGGACCUGAACUGACUCAGACUUUUUCCCAUCACUCUUCUUAAAUGUUUAUUGCACAUUUUCAAGGUACUUUCUUCAUCAUAGUACAUUUUCAACUGCAGAGCCAUCUGUCACCCCGAUGUGAAAAAAAUUAAAAUGUUAUCAUCAAUUACAUUUAAUUUCAUUUAACACCUUAAAAAUACUUUAACGGUGAAAUAAUAUUAUAUAACUGGUAACUGAAUCGACUUUCUGUUUUGUUUUCAUUUCAUUUAAACGCCUACACAUUUAUAAACUCGUCUUUCCGUCUAAUUUCACAAAGAGAGAGAGAAAUAUAAACAUCAAAAAAUGUUAUAAAUGGAUUAACAUGUGGAUUUUAACAUGUGAUCUCCAAGUUUUCAUAUUUACUCCGUGCCAAAGCUCCUGCACAGCUGCAGUACCCUGCCACAAGAGCUGAAUUCACUUAUUCUAAGUAUCUACACCUCUUCAACAUUAUGUUGCACUGUUAAAGGUGCUCUCUCUAAUGCAUUGACUUUGGUAAACUGCUGCUCCUCCUCAUGGCCGUGGGUCCCGAACAGAGGUCUGAUCUGCAAAACUGGAAACAUCUGUGUGUCUGCUCGGAGCCUUAAAAGCAUCAGUGAGGUCAUGAGCAGCUGUGAGGACCAAAGAAAUGAGAGCACGGAGAUCCGAGGAUGUUUUACUGGUCAGUGUAAGCUUGAUAUUUGAGAUGAUAAAACCCUGUGGACCCAAAAGAAUCAAAAUCACCUGUAAAACUAGCAACAGUAGAGUUUGACUGUUGUUAAGUACAAUAACUCCCUGGAUUUUCUUAUUGGAAGUGAUUACCACAUUUUCUAAUUUCUCAUUUAUUUAAAUUACUUUUAUUCUCAGUAUAUCUUUGCUUUAACGGUUUUAAUGCCCCUAGUAGUGCUGGGACGUUUAGAUUGACCAGGACCUCAUAUGACAAAUUAAACUACAAUAGAAUUAGAGUAGAGUGCAAACAUUCACCAGCAGUCACCUUACAAAGUAUUUAAACUUCACUACAUCCGGAUAUUUGUUUGGAUCUGCACCAAAUUACUCACACAGACAUAAUGUAUAUUAGGAAUUUUUUUCCUGGGAAAUUGGUUAAAAUGUCAAAAAACAUAAUGAAAAAUGAAAACAAAACGUCCUUGGUGGAGGUUAACAAAUAAACCCUCUCAGUCCACGGCCAUCUUUACCAGACUUGCUCUUUCUCAGGUGUCCAUCUCGUCGUUUCUGUGUGUUCAUGAAUCUGACCACUAAAUGAAAACUGUAAACCGAGACGCUGUGAUAAGAUUUAGCUUUCAGCUGUUUUACGUUACAGGUUUCUCUCACUCAGCAGUGAGGCAGCUGUGCAGAGACGUUUUAAUAAGAUACAAAUGUGGGGAAAUGUAGAAACGUGCUGUAUAUAUGUGAAAUAUGAAAGAAGCUGUAGGCUUGUUAUGUAGUUUUAUAUAUUUGUACUGUAUUUAGUAAACAGCAGGCUUUCUUCAGGACGUCUGAAGUACAACAGCGAGAACUUUAAACAACCAUGUGAUUCAUUGAAAUCACCUGGUUUCACAUGGGGUCAUUUAUUUUUGCACAUAAAUCUUUAAACUCAAAUAGAGAAAUGUACAGUGUAUUAAUAUGGAUAAAGAAAUAUACUCCCAUUUUUAAAAAUAAUACUCACAGGUACGUUUUUAAGUUGCCUCAAGAAAAUUAGUUUGAUACCUGUGGAGUUCUCGAUGUGAUUGUACUCUAAUCUAGACCUCAUCUGUACGACAGGUAACAUUAACAGCAUCUCCCCUGUAUGAAGCCACAACAUGAAAGCUUAAUUCAUGAGCUUCAGUGUUUCAGUUUGAAAACAGGACUUAUUGAUUUCAGUUUCUUUGCAAUGCUUUCACUCAGAACCCUGCACUUGUACUCAAAUAGCCUGCGCUUGUGCUUAGAUUUGCCCUGCUCGUACUCAAACAGUGCGUUGUGCUCAGAUACUUUGUCGCUUUGACUUUUCUGAAUGAGAACAUUUCCAAAUCUGAACACAAGUCCUGCUUUCGAACUGAAAAACCACGCUCUUGAAUGAAGACAAGAAUAAACCCAGAUGUUAUUGGAAGGAUGAAAACUAAAAAUGUCUGCCGUCACUCACUUCUUUUAUCGUUCUCAUUUCACAUGUUCAAACCUGUAGGUUUGAUGUGUCAAAGCUAAGGGACUGCCAACUGACAGACUGUAUGUAUGUGCGCCAACCACUAGUAUGUACAUGAAACGGCAUUAGUGCAACACAUCGGCCCAUGAAACAUUGUAAAUGCUAAAUUGUCUCAACAUUCAUUAAGGUUGUGCUUCUUCAAGUGUGCGUCUAAUUUAUUUUCUUUAAAACAUGUUUGUCAUUUUUCAUAUAAUUGGGCAUUAUACUGCAUGAGUGGAUUUUCUGUUAUAGUCAUAACGUAAGCUAUGUAGCAAACGCCAUGUCAUUGUAAGAUACUGUAUUUAUAUAUGCCGACAGAAUAUACAAAAUUUUAUCGAUGAUCUUUGUAUCGACAAUCUUGUACAGUCUCAUCAUCGUUUAGGAUACAAAAUAUUUUCUCCCUUUGUAAUCACGUUACUGGUGCCAUUAAAACUAAAACUUAAA